AUGUCGCGGCACAACCCGUCCACGCUGCGGUUCCCGUGCGUCGAGUGCGAGCGCCGCUUCGUGUCGCAAACCGAGCUGGACGCCCACGUGAUCUCGCACACCAACAACUACGAGUAUGCGCACGAGUGUCCCGUAUGCCAGAAGAAGUUUAGCAGGAAACCUUUUGUCGCUAGACAUAUACGGCAGGUCCAUGAAAAAGAAAGAAAACAUCAAUGCGAAUUAUGUCCUAAGGCUUUCUUCACCAACAGCGCACUUCAAGAACAUUUAGGAACCCACACUACGGAGCGGCUGUACGAAUGCAACGAAUGCGGCUUAUCUCUCAAGACGAAGGAAACGCUGCGGGCGCACCUCACCGUGCACAGCGGCGUCCGGGGCUACCAGUGCGAGCUGUGCAACAAGAGCUUCAGGACUACCAGCAAUUUGAAUGUCCACAUGGUGACCCACACGAAGGAGAAGCCCUACGAGUGUCGCUACUGCGGCGUGCGCUUCGGCCGCUCGCACCACCGCAGCCGCCACGAGUUUACUGCGCACCAGAAAAAAAAACUAAAAGCCGAAUGACAACCCUGUGACCCAUAUAUGUAUAUGAAUAAUUAUUUGGCGUGGUCUGCAGCCUUCAUUUAGUAGAUUAUGAGGUGACGUUAGAUACUCCUCAGUAGUGGUUUCUGGGUGGGCUUUGUUAAGAUUACUUAUGAAGCCUAUCUGCAGUACAGUCCUAUCUUAACUCCAAGUAUAAAAAAAAUAUGACAAACUUUAGAACUUCCCGAAAUGUUGCUUCUUGUUAGAUACUUUGUAUGAUUAAAUUAAAAGACGUUAAGACGACCAAUAA